GAUUCCGUUCCUUUUUAUCAUGAAUUCUUCUCCUUCUCAAGCCAUAUGCUAAUAUGCAAGUAGGUAGCCAUACCGGAAGCACUCUCUCUUCCUGCACUUUUCCUUCUUGUUCAGUUUUAGUGAAAAAAGAUGAGUGACGAAUCUCAUAAUUUACACAUAUUCUUCUUCCCUUUCUUGGCUGAUGGCCAUAUAAUACCAACCAUUGACAUGGCCAAAUUAUUUGCAGCAAAAGGUGUCAAGGCCACCAUAAUCACCACUCCCCUCAACGCACCUUUCAUCUCCAAAGUCAUUGGAAAAUCCAAAACCGUUAGCAACGGGAUUCAUAUCCAAACCAUUGAGUUCCCCUGUGCAGAAGCUGGUUUACCUAAGGGUUGCGAAAAUUUUGACUCACUCCCUUCAUCAGAUUUACUUCAUUCCUUCUAUGUGGCUACUAGAUUGCUACAAGAGCCCCUCGAGCAACUAUUGCUUCAGCAGCAUCCAAAUUGUGUUGUUGCUGAUAUGUUUUUCCCGUGGGCAACUGAUUCUGCUGCCAAAUUUGGAAUUCCUAGGCUUGUGUUCCACGGGACUAGUUUCUUUUCCUUGUGUGCUAUGGCAAGUAUGAGACUUUACGAGCCUUACAAUAAUGUUUCUUCUGAUUCAGAAUCCUUUGUCCUUCCUAAUCUUCCGGGUGAGAUUAAAAUGACAAGGAUGCAGGUGCUACCUUUAGCAAAGAAACCUGGGAGCACCACAGGCUUUCCCAGAUUGUUGGAGGAAGCCCAGGAAUCGGAUUUUAGGUGCUAUGGGGUGGUUGUUAACAGCUUCUAUGAACUUGAGGAGGUAUAUGCAGAUCAUUACAGGAAGGUAUUUGGAAGAAAAGCAUGGCACAUUGGUCCGCUGUCUCUUUGCAACAGAGAUACAGAAGAGAAAGCACAUAGAGGAAAGGAGCUGUCUAUUGAUGCGCAUGAGUGCCUACAAUGGCUUGACAUGAAGAAACCCAAUUCAGUUGUUUACGUAUGCUUUGGAAGUGUGGUAAAAUUUCCCGAUUCUCAACUCAGAGACAUUGCUACGGGUCUUGAGGCUUCAGGUCAACAAUUCAUUUGGGUCGUGAGGAAAAGCAAAAAAGAUGGAGAAGAGAGAGAGGAAUGGCUACCUGAAGGAUUUGAGAAGAGAAUGGAAGGGAAGGGACUAAUUAUAAGAGGUUGGGCACCUCAAGUGUUAAUUCUUGACCAUGAAUCAAUUGGAGCAUUUGUGACUCAUUGUGGAUGGAAUUCAACAUUGGAAGGAGUGAGUGCUGGGGUACCUAUGGUCACUUGGCCUGUGUUUGCAGAGCAAUAUUACAAUGAGAAGCUGGUCACUGAGGUCCUUAAAAUUGGGGUACCUGUUGGAGCUAAAAAAUGGGUAGGAAUGGUUGGGGAUACUAUUAAAUGGGAUGCGGUGGAGAAGGCUGUGAAAAGGAUAAUGGAAGGGGAAAAUGCCGAGAAAAUGAGGAACAAAGCGAAAUUGCUCUCACAGCUUGCUAGGCGGACCGUGGAAGGAGGUGGAUCAUCAUACUCAGAUUUGAAUGCUUUAAUUGAGGAGUUGGGUUCCUUGAGUCACUGAUAUAACCCAGCAAAAAUGCUAUUCAUAUUAUAUGUUAUGUGCAUAUCCUUCAUAACAUGUUGCUUUAUUAUCUGAAUUUCAAUG